CGUGGUUCCAUCUAUGCCGGUAGGGCAUAUUUCUGCAAGAAGGCAGUAGGCCGCAGGCGAUUUCCGUCUUUUGGUCGAGCGAGAGAGGAAAUGGGAUCGGAUUUUGGCACUAGCAGCGGCAAGCGGGCGGCAGAUAAAGAAAGAGGGAGAGGGAAGGCAGCGGCAGCAGCGGGAGGUGGAGAGAACGAUGAAAUAGGACGUAGCAGUACCCACGCGGAGAAUGGACAGCGAAUCGAGAUAACAUACAUCGGACGGAGAGCGAGUGUGAGCGAACUCCCAACCUUGUUCUUCCCGCCGCGCGAGCUCCGAACUCGAGCCCCCCUCGCCCCCCUCUCUUUUCUUUACUCCAAUAUCGAUUUUUUUUUUUUAAUUGCUGGGAAUCGAAUUUUUAGUCCCCUACCUGGGCCGGGGACGAGGGAAGGGAGGGAAUCGGAGAGCCGGGAUUGCUGCGGAAUAUGGCUGACGGGUGUUCUCCGAACCCGAUGGGCGUCCAGUUUCAUAUUUCAGGAAGAAGAGGAGGAUCUGUUCUUCGAGUCGCAGGAAGACGUCUUGUCCGUGUUCGAUUCGUGUCUGGGCAGCCCAACAAAGGAUGAUUUCUUGCUGGAAGAUCAGUUCGUUAGCCAAGGGUCGAUAGGUCCCCUGUGCGAUGUCUGGAUUACGAGUUCCGAUGGCGCGAGGGAACGCCGAGAUAGGUUCAUGAGAUGGAUGGGCAUAGAUCUCAUGAACGGCUCGUUUCUGAGUUCCUCUGAUCCGGGUGGACAAACGCAGGUCGAUGAUGAGAUACAGACAGAUACUGAUGGGAUCAUGUCGAGUUCUGGGUCUGUGAUGAGAGGCUUUGAUAUAGAUAAUAAGUAUUCAAUCUCCAGCGGGUCUACAGAGGAUGAGCACCCAUCCUGCAACGAGGCCUUGGAAGAGUGAUUGGUGUACAGAAUCAAGAA